UAUAACUGGUUUGAUAUUAAUGUAGCAUGAUGUAAAAAUUUGUCGUCAAAAGUAAAAAAUGCCAGAAUUUAUAAAGUCCCUCUUAAAGCCAAUUGGAGCAUCGUAUAUAAAGCGUAAAAUAGAAAUUUCUAAAAGGAAUGGUUGGAGGCACGCCAUUUUUAAAUCCGAGACCAGGUUUUACAAACGACUUGUCACAGGAUAUUACAAAGGAGAAUGGAAAAACGACAAGAAAGAGGGCAAGGGUAGUGAACUAAACAGAAACGGAUUUGUGUACGAAGGUGAUUGGCUCGAUGGUAAACGACAUGGAUAUGGUGUCCUGAGUCAGAUUCACGAGGAUGGUACUAUUUGUAUGCGUUACAUUGGCCAAUGGAUGAAUGGAAAAAAGAAUGGAUUUGGGUAUAGUUGGUACAAAAACGACAGCUAUUAUGAGGGCGAGUUUUAUCAAAAUAAACGAGAAGGUUAUGGUCGUAUUUGGUACUGUAAUGGAGACCACUAUGAAGGCAAUUGGAAGAACGAUCUUCCCGAUGGCAUAGGAAUAUUCGUUAAAUUUAGCGGGAAUAGAUACGAGGGUGAAUUCGUGGCGGGCAAAAAGGAAGGACGCGGCACCUUUUAUCACAUAGUUACUGGACAGAAACAAUCUGGCAUUUGGAGAAGUGAUUCCUGUAUAAGUAGCACUAUGUCAGACAUGUACUUGCGACAAUCGGCUCCUAUUCCAACGCCAUAUCCUAUUCCGCGGGUAUACACCAUUAGCGAAAUCAAAGACGUGUAUAAAAUGGACAAUGAUAAUACCAAAGAGGAAGAAGUACCGUUUCCUACAUGUAAAAGACCAUUAAAGCGCAUAUACCCAAACAUCUGCGUGUCCGUAAACACAUGUCCCUGUUUGGAUUAA